AUGAGUUCUCCCAACUCUUCCCCGCCAGAUGCAAAUUUCCGGAAACGCUCAGUCGCGCGUUCUUACUCCAGUGAACUGGGUACUGUCAAUGAAUCUGGCGAAGAAGAAGGUUGUUUGUGUACGGGCACGUAUUUAUCAGAUAUGAACGAGAAUUCUGUGUUCGAACGUUCGUAUCCAGGUCAACCUAUUCUUGAUACAAGUUCGACAUUAUCAGGGGCACCAAUGCAAAGUAUUCAGACAACGCCAUGUCCUCGAGAAGUCAUAAAAACAAGAAUAAGAUAUCAUUUCAUGAAUCCAUUUCAGAAAUUUCGAGCAAGGCGCAGAAAACCUUGGAAGUUGGUAGUUCAGAUCGUGAAAAUUGCCCUUGUUACUCUUCAGGUGAGAAUCAAAUAUUCUUUACUCCCAUCUCAUAGCGGUUUUAUUAUGCAUUCGUUUUUUUUAUUAUUGUUAUUAUUUUUAACAACGUAACUUAAAAAGUUGAUUUGCUUGCGCAUAAAGAGGUUUGUCUAACGUUUAAUUUUGAACAGAUUUUUUUGAAAGCGUUUGUGCGGAUAACGAACGGAUAGGACCGUGUUGCCGUUCACAUGACUACAGUCGACCCUCAACUAAGAGUGACCAACGUCAGUCUUCUCCUAACAAUAAUCAAUACAUCACGAAAAGAAUAGAUUAUGGAAAUUGUGAAAAAUAAAUUGUUCAACGUGGGAAAUUCUUUAAUCUUUAAUCAAAUAGAACGGGGGGUGACAGCUCUAACAAGGGCUGUUUCGGGAGAAAAACAAAUUUAUUUUGGGAAUCUGGAGAUUUUGCCGGGAAUCGGGAAACCUGGGAAAUUUUUCGGGAAAUAUGAGAUAUUUUCGGGACAUUGAGCAAAGAUUUGAUAUUACAUGUUAUCAAACAAUAUAUAUACAGUGAUAUGCACNGAGCAAAGAUUUGAUAUUACAUGUUAUCAAACAAUAUAUAUACAGUGAUAUGCACCCAGUGUAUGCGCUGUAUUCUAUGUAUUUUGACACUUGAAAACGGCUGAACUCCCCAUGAUAUGAAAAGACCAAUCAUUAACGUUUCCAACUAAAAUAGCAUGAAGUUCGAGUGCGAUUGACCACAUGCAGUCCCCAGCAGAUUGACACAAGAACCGUACCGGUGCAAGGCACAAACUAUCAGUUCACACUAGAUCCCAUCAUUCAUUAGUUCAGGGGUAUUUUUACGCUACACGUUAACGAGUUUUAAGAGCACAUUCCACUGAUUGCAUAAUGGAAAACUUAAAAGAAGUACGUAAGAAGUAUGUAAGAAAAAAACGAAACUCAUUUAACCUUGUUAAACACAAAUGAGGCCAUAAAAAGUAGUAUGUCUGUGAAGACUCUUUUUAAAAUCAUCCUGAUCUCGUCGGGGUCCUUUCGAUUUUGCUCGAAAAUCCCGAAUCCCGAUCAAUAUGCGUUCGGGAUAGGAAAAUUUCAGAUUUCGACAGUUGUUCUCAAAUUUUCGAAUGAAUUCUUAUAAUACUCAUACAAUGACACCACACAGAGUAUACUUAGCUGAAAGUGAUAUCCAGAGCAAUUUCAAAAACCGCACAACUUGUAUAAAAUAAAAUUGACUACUUCUACGCGAAGUCAUGCCAGUAAAAAUAAGCAUAAAAAAGACAAUUGAUUUAGAGAACAUUUUGGACAGAAUUUGUCCUCUCAGAACACUAGAAAUGGCAUUUCAGAGCACCAAGAUUUAAAAAUUUUCUUGGGGAGCAUGCCCCCAGACCCCCCUAGGGUUAGCCCCUUCACUGCUCGCCUGAUUCAUCAGUGAUUAAAAGACAAAAAAAACACGAUUUUAUGUACUUAAAAAGUUUGACAGUCUUUCUGUGUUAACAUGAUACCCUCUAAAUGAAAAAAUAACUAAGGUUAGAUAAUUAACAAGUUACAUAAUUAGAAAACAAAUUUGGGAAGUUAAACAUUUAUGGGGAAUGCCACGGAAAAAAUCGGGAGGGUCGACAAAAUUUCCGGGAGGACAUAAAGUUAUUCAUAGCACUGCCCAAACAGCCUUUGUUAGAGUUGUCACCCCCCGUAAAUAGAUGUAUGGACAUCAGUCUGGAGAAUUUGUGUAGAUAUUGAGGUAUAAAGUUGUAUCCCGAUCUCACUAUAUGAGUGCAUGGUAAGUUGUACAUGUUGUGUACCCCCAUGAUUUAGGAUCAUGUGUCUCAUAGGGGUUGUUAACCGAUGUAUCGGCUGACAUCUCAGUCAACUGUCUGUUGACAUAUAAUUUGAUCAAUAUUUCAGAGAGAUGUCAGUCGUGAUUUGGUCGAGUCUCAACCAAUGUGUGGCCUGUGGUCGCCCACUUUAGGUUAUCAAUCAAUAGUCAUCGUUACUUCAUCAACAAGUCACCGACAUAUAUUUAUGACAAAAUGCAAUAGGCCAAUGCAAUGGCAGAUGCCUUGGUCGAUCAUUGGCUGACAUAAUUAUUAGUUGAUACAUGUUUAUUAGUCAACUGUUGGACGAGUAUCGGUCGAGUCUUGGUCGAGCUGACUGAGUAUAGACUGAUGUAUAGGCCAUGCCCCAGCGACCAGCUUGUCUAGUAUCGACCCAUACCAUGCAUCAAGCCACCUAUGAGACUCAUGAUAUCUGGAACAUUCCCUAUAAGAUGAAAAUAGCCUGCGAUUUAGUAACUGAUCGAUCUGGUAUCAGCCUCAGCCGAUAUUUGUAACAAGGAAUGUCCACCGCGUGUCAUUUUACAGGUACCUUGUAACAAAGGAAAAACUCUUGGGUACAAAGGUGAUAAAAAAAUGUUCAAGCAGUGCAGAUUGUCUACUGAUGCACCACUGAUACAUGUACCUCACUGAUACUUGACCAAUGGUUUGCAGAUACAUUGCCAACACACUACCAAUACUAUCAUGACCAAAAGUAAAAAGACCAACAGAAAGACACCACUUGGCAAAUAUACUGGCUGAUUCCUCAACUGACACAGGACUGGUAUAGCGAUCGAUAUGUCAACCUACAGUCUACUCUCUCUUAACGGACACCUCUAUAAGACAGACACCUCUGUAAAAUGGACACCUAGAGUUGGUCCCUGCCUUUCUUUACUCCCUUUAUUUAACUCUCUAUAAGACGGACACCUCUCUAAGAUGGACACUUGGUGCCUGUCUCAAAGGUGUCCGUCUUAGAUAGAGUUGACUGUACAGUCUACCAAGAUGUCAGCCUGAUAUAUUGGUCAAGUAUCCGCUGACACCCCCUUAUAAGACACAUGAUCCAUGGUUUAUGAGCUACAUAUUUUAUGGGAAACAGCAACAGAAAACCUUAUCUCGAUCAGCUUACAUUGAGAGGGAAAAUAAAAUGUAGCUACUUAAUUCUUGGUGCUCUGAAGCCAGGAAUGGCAAAAACUAAUGAUAAGCCUGUUGUCCAAAGACGUCUCCAGGAAAUUUUGCCUGUACAGCCUACAUCUAGCAAAGUAAUUUCUUAAUUAAUGGAUUACAGCAUAAUUUUAAGUCAGCACAAAUCCAACAUGUACAGGUUCAAAGUUGCAAGUUCUGUAAAAUAUUUUUAGGAAAGGUGCACUUGCUAGUAGAUGUACAGGAGUAUCCCCUUUAAACUUGUUGUUGUUAUAUCUACAGCUACAUCCCUAUUUAGGAAAUACUAAACUGGUGACAUGACACUUUUUCAUCUUACCAUAAUAUGAGAAAAUGUCACCCAGGCAGAAGAAUGCAUCUUUUAAUGUUUUCCUUACUGUCUGAUGGUAUUUUUUUAACUUGCAGAUUUGCUUGUUUGGGUUAGACAGAUUUUCAUUGGUGACCUUCCUGGAAAACAAUCAACUUGCCUUAAAACACUUGUUUCUAAAAGAUUAUCAAAGUGAUGACAAAGUUGUUGUUUACACAAAAGACCAACUGUUCAAUUAUCUGUACUAUGCCCAUGAACAAGUAAGUCCCAGCCAACAGUAGAGAAUGUUUUGCCAUUUGCCAAUGCUUUGGAAAAUAUGCAAACUAUAUGGGCAUAAAUUUUCUUGUUAAAAGGUAAACUUGUGAAACAACAAGUCUGCUGAAAGUUGACUCAUAAAUUCUUGGUACGCUCCAUCUGAGGGAAGUUUUAUUAAUAUAGUCAUCUAGCUUACUUGGUGUUGUUGUUGUUUUUAUCAAUUGACAGUAUUAUCAAGUGCAAAGCAUUCCUCUUGGCACGUAUGACUACACACACAUGAAUCAUUCAGAGCCUCCAAGAGUUCAGUUAUGUCACAGUCACUAUGCAGUCAAAGGAAAAGAAAACAACCCAUUUGCGCUAGAUGAUCCUGUUGUAGGUGUGUGUGGCAGAAUUCCUUUCCAGGGGAUUUUUGAGGUUGUGGAAAACCUUUCAUACUUGGCAAAGUCUGUUCACAGUCAAGAUUGGUUUUUGUUCAAUGAAAAUGUUUGGAAAAUACAAACAGUAUAGUCCAGAAAAUGAUCAUGUUGUACAUCAUUGUGAUAUUCCACUUUCUGUAAAUAAUUGACAAUUAUUGGACAAGGUUGAGCAAAAUACCGUGAUAUUUGAGACACUGACAAAUCACGAUAUUUUGCGAUAACCAAGUUUAUUGUUUUUGUUAUUGUUUUAUCAUUCGAUCACAAAUCGCUCUUUGAAAGGUCAGUGAAGCAAUCUGCCAUUUUCACGCAAGAGUGAUCGCAAGAAGGAGAAAGCGUGGUUUCAUUCAUGCAUGAGCAGAAUAUAAUUUGCAGCCAAAUACAGUUGGAUGACACUGCGUAUUUAAGCAGACCAUUAUUUGUAGGCAAUUAUUUGCAGAUUAUGUGGUGGGCUUUUGGCCAAUGAAAAGGGAGAGAAAUUUGCAUCAAAUGAUAAUGUUACACAUUCAGUGAACAAUGUUGAGGAUUGAUAUAAAAGAAUAUUUUUGGCAUGGAGAAGUUAGUAAUUACAUCUUAAGUUGAUUUGUUGACUUGUUAUUACAGAUUGCUUCAAUUGGCCACGUCCUGACAAACAUGGGCAUAAUCUCAUAACAAACAAAACCUUCAAUUUAGAAAGGUGAGACCCUGUUAUCAUUGUUAAGUACCAAAAUUAGUAGGAGGUUUAAUUGGUAGUUGUGCUGCUGUGACCUAACCCAAUCCUAACAGUACUUCUCUUGGUCCUGCUCCUGCAUCCGCAAAGUAAACCCAGUGCAAAAAAUGGAUCUAAACAAGUUUUAAAAAAGUCCAUUAGCAAAAUCUUGCCAAAAAAAUCUUACUUAACUAGUAUAUAUAUAUGAAUGUAGUUUUCGUUACUUUUUAUUCUUUUUGCUGUUGCAGUAUUAUUUUCAUUGUUACCGAUGUUUUCAAACUUUUAUUUUUUUUAGGCUUCGUAAAAUUCGUAUGAUGUUCUCAUUACAAACAGUGAACUUGAAAGAUGUUAAAGCCUGGGACAAGCCUGCCUGCUAUAAACUAAGUGUUACAGUGAGUCUUAAGCUAAUCAUUAAAACCAUGUUUGGGAAUCAAUGUUGGUGUGCUUGGUGGGAGCUCACAGAACUGCAGAAGGAGAUUAACUUAGAAUGCAUACCAUUAUAUAGCAAUUUCCACAUCUAUAACAAGCCUGACUCCUCAUCCGUGUCAUCACAAGAAACUCUUGGGGUGGGGGGGGGGGGGGCAAAGCCACCCUUUACUUGUGGGGUUUCACUUACUUGGAACGGGCACAGUUAACCAACCCGAAAUCCUUGCGGGGGCUCAUGAUUGUAAAUCAAAAAAAAAAUUUGUUACACAUUAUUUUUUCCCUCCCUUUUUUCAAUUUCCACAUCUAUAACAAGCCUGACUCCUCAUCCGUGUCAUCACAAGAAACUCUUGGGGUGGGGGGGGGGGCAUAGCACACCUUUACUUGUAGCGUUUCACUUACUUGGACACGGCACAGUUAACCAACCUGAAAUCCUUAGCGGGGAUCAUGAUUUGAAUACCAAUAACAGAAUUGUGAUCACUUACUUUGUCCCUCCCUGUUUUUGUUUUUUAGAUUUUGUUUGAUAAUGUGGAUCAUGAUGGAAGAAUGCCAGUUAGACUGAGCAUGAACAACACUUGGUUAGAUUGCAAAAAUGGGAAAAUAAAGGGAUCAAAUACUAUGAGUGAGUCGUACAUUAACACAUGCAUAGUGACAUAUGGUGAACAAUGUUAGUUUUAUAGUACACAUGCACCUGAAUCUCUGUAUGCCUUUAUUAUGACUUGCUUGUUUAUCUCAAUUUUUAUUGAAAGGGGCAUUGCUUUGUUGUGGUCAAAUUUUUUUAUUCCCUGCCAUACUUUUUUAUUUUGCUACUGACCUGGGUACUGUCACUGAAAUUUUUAUUUCCAUCCAAUAAUUUUGUACCAGUUUAAAAAUCAAUUGUACAAGUACAAAGACAAUUUGUACCAUGCGCAAAAUUGCACGAACCACAACAUAAUUAUACAGAAGCUGGGGGUAAGGUAUUCCAAACUGGGGCAGUUUCUAACAGAAAAAGAGAACUUGUGCACAUUUAUGUUAUACAAAAAGCAUUGUUACUGAAAUGGGUGUUGCACGCUGGCUCGCAUGACGUGCGAAGAGACUGUCUCACGUAGAUCUUUAUGAAAAGGUAUUUUAACAUUGCCUGUUUGGAUCUUUAAAACAUUAUAGAUUCUUAAAUAUCAUGGAAGUAAAUAUUAUUGCAUGUGAAUCUUUUGUAGAGGCACACUUCAUAAAAACAGCUUUGGUGGUGUUUGAUGUGGUUGUCAUAUCCAUGUGUUCACUUUCUCUUGUGUUAUGUGGACGAUCAAUUUACAGAUCUCUCAAAUUAGCCAAAGUAAGUUGGUAGAAGGAUAUAAAACCAGUAUCUGGGAAAAUCACCACAAUACAUGUAUAGCUUUCUGAAAAAAAUUUUAAAAUGUUACAAAACUAACGAGCAUCAGUAGGAUAUGGAUGCCAGCCAUUAAAACUUGGCAACUCCCCCCCUCCCCCCUCCCCCCACACACCCAAAUGCCACUAGCAUGUUUGUCUGUAUCUGUUCAACAGAUGUGUGAGGUUCUCAAAAUUUUGUGGCUUUUGGUGGAACAUGUCUCAACUUUUGUGUGUGUUGUAUACACCCAAUGCAAAAAUGGCUGCCGGAUUAAUAUUCUUUUGUUUAAAUUAAAAUCAGCCUGACUAGCCUCGCCUGUGAUAAUGUAUUCUUUUGAAUUUUGUAGUGGAGAAUAAGGCUAGUUAGGCUAAUUUAAAUUCAAACAAAAGAAUGUUAAUCAAGCAGCCAUUUUUGCAUUGGGUCUAUGAUUAAGACUUUCAUAAGUGUUUGAUUUUGUAUGCCAUUUUUGUCUUUGUUUUGCACCAAUGAAUUAUGCAACGAGGGUAUGAAAUAUGAUUGAUAGCAAACAAUUUUUAUCUUAAUAAAGGAAGUCGCCAAGUUUUUUAAGCAAGACACAAGCCUAGAGGAAUUUACUUUCUCAGAUUACCAAGAGUUUGUCAGCUUAUGGUUUUUUGUCAUCAUGACAAGUGACAGCCUCACAAUCAUUGGCUCAAUAUACAAGAUGGUCAUUGAUCAAAGGGUGAGGUUACUUCAGGGGCGGAUUCAGGGGGAGGGUGCAGGGGGUGCGCACCCCCCCCCCCUGGGAUGACCUGCGGCCGCUUUCUAAUUAACACUGUGCAGUCGCUUGACAGAUAUACAAAAUCUGCUCUAUCGUUUGAUAUGUAUUCUUAGCAGUUCACAUUAUGUUAUUUCCUAGUCAAAAGCGCUCUUCUUCGUAUUCGCUUUUAAAAUUUUUUACGUCAUCGGUCAGUUAGUGGUGCACCCCCUCCUAAGAAAAAUCCUGGAUCCGCCCUUGUACUUAAAAGGCUGAUUGUUCUUCUUAUUACUUUGCCCUUGAGUUGUAUCAAGGAAGGGACCUUUUUAACCCUCCUCCCCCUGCCCUCAUCAAGUGUUCCUAAAGUCUUCAGCAAUGUUUUUGAAAAGUUAGUAGCACCUGGAAUGCUUCCUGGUAUCCACAUUCAUCAAGAAAUUAUAUGGUCAACUUAAGUUUUUCUAGAGGGUACACAGACAUUGUUUUAUUUUUCUUCUUAAAAACAUCGGUGAGGGUGUGGGUGAGGCAAGCGCUUGAGUGAAGCGAGUGAGCAAGGGUAAAGGGGACAAUGAGCACAGAGCAUGAGAAAGAAAAUUUUCUUCUUCCCCCACCCCUACCCCCUUCCACUGGCGGUUGAUAAAUCCCCCAUGGUUUUUAUUUUUUAUCACGCACACUUGACGGACUUUAAAAAUAGAGGGUCUGUGAACAGACAAAAGUUUUUCAAAUUACUUUUGUAAUGUCUUUUGUUCCAGGAUAGUGAUUACUAUAAUACCUGCAGCAUUUUCCUUGGAACAGCAGUGCUCUUGGUUUGGAUUGGUCUUCUGAGAUUCCUGGGAUACUCCAAGAAAUAUAAUGUAAUGCAUUUUCAUUACCAACAAGCUGUUGAUUACUAGUGCUAAGUUAUUGUUUUCCCCCUCUGUUUAAAAUUUAUCUCUUGCGAAUUGCAAAAAUGACCUCCUUGUACAUCUGCAACAUACUAAACAGCACAACCACUAAUGUACUGGAAUUACAGAGUAACUUUAAUUUGAAUAAUUACAAUAAAUGAAACUUAAAAUUUGUUUAAUUACAGACGUUUACUUGAAAGCUUUAGACAUCCCUCUAUUCUUUUUCUCAUAUCUGUAUUUGAAAAAAAGUGCAAACUGGAUCAGCAAGUCAAUGAGAAAUGUUAUUCUAGGUGGUGGGGUGGGGUUGGAAAGCUUGCCCAUUUUUCCCCUCCCCGCUUCGUGCUUUGCGCUCACUUUGUUUUGUAGUAUUCUUACCAGUAUGCAGUGAAAGAAUCAGAGGGCCAUGAUCAUGACAAUCUAGCUAAACAGUAUUGUUAUUUCAGGUUCUUUUGGUGACAUUAAAAGCUGCCACUCCAAGUGUACUCAGAUUCUUUGUUUGUGUGUCAUUGUUGUUUGCUGGUUUUAUGCUGUGUGGCUGGAUUGUACUAGGACCUUUCCAUCCCAAGGUGAUUCUUAUAGUUAGUGUGGUUAUCAUCAACAUAUCCAAAGACUGACUGACUGAUGGCAUGUCAUUGUUUUUCAAGUUUAUUCACUGACUGACUGACGGACUGGUGACUAAUUGAUUACUGACUGACUGACAACUGAUUAACUGACUGACUGGCUGGCUGGCUGGCUGGCUGGCUGACUGACUGCUUGCCUUCUUGACUGCUUAAUGGAUUGACUGACUGACAGACUGAUUGACACUGAUAUCUCAACACUGUAGAUGGAUAAACCUCUAUAUAAUUGGAGUACUGGUAGUGUUUUAUCCACGAUAAAUUCUUCAGUCAAAUUCAUCCUUUGAAACAACCUGGGCUUGGUAGAUACAAGGAAGGAACAGGAUAGCAAAUAUGUCUUAGCAUUGUAGAAGGUUACGUGUUUUAUUGUUCUUUUUCUUUUUUGUUAGUUUAAAACACUCACUAUCACUGCCGAGUGCCUGUAUUCCAUAGUUAAUGGAGAUGACCUGUUCAACACUUAUGCUAAAAUAAAGGAAAUGAAGACACCCACUACAACAUGGAUCUUCAGUAAAAUCUACCUCUACGUCUUCAUCGCACUUUUCAUUUACGUUGUACUGAGCUUGUUUAUUGGUAUCAUUGGAGAUACAUAUGAAAGACUGAAGGUCAGUGAACUUCACACUUCCCUAACACAGCAUUUCCUCUAUCGAGCCCUCAGUGUAAGGCGCUAAAUAUUAAUUAAGCUCUCAGCGUCUUAACGUUCUUUUUUGAUGUAUCAUACACAAAAACUGAUCGAUAUCACUACCGAAUACACAAUUGUUUAAUUCUUGUGCCCAUAAACGCUUUUGUUUGCGUAAAUUCUUUGAAAUUGUUAAACUUAAUAAGUGUACGUGAAAAUUCAUUAAGACCCCCUUCUAAUGUACAACCGUCCCGCAACCCUCCCCCCCCCACCCCCUUCUCCCCCACCUCUGUCUAGAAGCACUGAAAUAUAAAUAGUCCCUCCACUCCUUACAUCUUUGGAAAACCCCUGCAAUUUCAGUAUCGUAUUUUAUGAAUCAGGGGUAGGUCAGUGAAAAAAGAACGAAUCCUCGAUUUUUUUUCUUUGUUUGGGAAUUUAGAAAUGGAUUUGAUUACCCGUUAUGCUUGAGUUUUGGGUCCUGUAAUAUUCAUAGUAUUUGUACUCUGGAAAACUUUGAAUUUUCAUUCUCUUUUAGGAACACAAAUCCUGUUCAUAUACUCACCUCUACGAUGCUUACACUGGUUCACAACCUUUUGUCAUCCGCGUUAACAAAGUUUAACUCUGUGUUGUUUCUUGCAUGUUCUGUUUUUUUUUCGCGUAGGAUAUGGGCCAUCUUCCAGAAACAAAGAUAGAGAAAUUCUUGCACGAACCAGCAAAUAUUGGUAGAUCUGUUAGUCAAAGGGAAUACACUUCAAUACCAUCAUCAGCCGAGGCUGUUAAUGUACCUUCUCCUCCCAACCAAAGAAGAACGACUCCUUACGGGUAAGAAUGAUUAUAGUCUCACACCUUGUAGACUUUACUGGUCCACCGGUUACCGGUCGUUUCGAUACAAGUGGUUUCGAUACAAGGUUAUUCAGUCGAGGUGUAAAUAGUUUCACGUCAUUAGCUUUAAGAACGAAGAAUAUUCACCCAAAAUGUUUUUCUUAUUCACGCGCAAAUUAUACUCGAAGUGAACGAAAUUUUUUGGGCAAUUUCAUAGCUUGAGUUCGUAUCGAAAAGGCUGGUUUCCGGUCCACCUUAUGAUAUGUACAUGUCGAUGUCACUUUGCAAUAAUAUAACUCUAAAUUAGGGUAAUUAAAAAUAACUUCAUUAUAAUAAACAAUAAAUCAAGCACCAGUACAGUUCGCGUUAAUUACAAAUCAAAUGCGUCCUUAAAAAGAUAAGUCUAUAACUUAGUUUUAAAUAUGGUUACAGAUGAUGAUUGCCAAAUGUCCGAUGGUACAUGUAAUGUGUUCCAUCAGGAGAAUGCGACGCUUUAUGUGCUUUGCUCCAUAAUUUCGGCCCUCUCGUCAGUUUAUAUAGCCUGCGAAAACAUCCGUUUCUCCUAGCGAGGAGAACGGACUCAUCGAGCAACUCGUUGACAGAAUGUACCGUUUAGUCAAUAUCGUAGUCUGAUUGAAUAGAGUCAGGAUGGUUCUCGAAUUUACCGCUGUUCGUAAACCCCUUUCAAUCUAAAUUCCCUACUGUAGUACGUCUGGGAAUAUUUUUGAAUCCGGACGAAGUCUCCCCUCGCGUGUGCUAGUACCCGGCAUUUACUGAUUUAGCUUAACAGUUGAUAUUAAGACAGCAUGCCUUGCAACUAGUAAAUCCUGGGACAAACGAUUGUACAUACACACUUAUAGAAAAAUAAAAACGCUAUUUCUUUGACGCUGUUACAGAUUUUAAGGGAAAACCUACAGACCAUGUUCUUAAAAUUAACCACGUCUGAUCUAGGCGGCGUUCAGUUUGGGUCCACUCCUCUUCUCAUUUUUCAUUUUCUUUUUCAUUCUUCUUUUGUUUUGUUUUGUUUUUUGUUUUCGUUUUCAGAAGGAGUCGUUCCAGUGGAACGCAAGAUCCCAUGAUGAGAAUUGUGUCCAUUGACUCAACAGGAGUAGAAUGAAUAACCCAGAUGAGAGAAUCUCAGCAUCGAUUGCCUUCUCUACUCCGCAAAUGAAAUUUCGACAAGUUAGUGAACCAUAUGCAAAUUCAUACAGCUAGGGAGAACAUGGAUAAACAUCCCCCAGAAUUCGCGAUUCUCCUCUUCAGGUUCACCUUUAAUUAGCUGUCGUUUUUGAAAGUUUCGCAAUAAAAUGGAAUAUUGCGUCCAGAAUAUGUAAAUAUACAGUGAAUAACGAGAGGGGAAAACCUGAGCAAAACAGUUCAAAUACAUUGUGCAUAAUUUAUUAAUGUUAUCGGAGCAAGAGCGGUCGUGUAAAAAUAUCUUUUGACUUGUGAUUCAAUGAAUAAUACGAAAUGUGUAACAAACACCGCUUUAAAUGGGCGCAAAUAAAGUAUUUUUUAUAGUUUCACGUUUUGUUUUGAUUUUUGUCGUAUUCGAUCA